AUGCAGGACGGCAGAGCACCAAGGAAUCGGGUGCCUGCCGCUAUCCAGAUCACCGCAGAGCAGCUUCUGCGAGAGGCUCAAGAGCAUCAAGAAUCCACCUUCCAUGGUUCCAAACAACACGUUGAGGAUUUUGAAAAACUCCACGAGUACCGCGGCUGCAAACUCAAGGGGUUUGAAGAGCAAGUCAGAAGGACAAGAGGUAGCAUCAAAGAAUGCACUCAGUAUGCAAACUGGGAUGCUAGCCAAAAUGAAUUUGACCGAUCUCACUCUAUCUUUGAACGCGCUUUGGACGUGGACCCUCGAAGUGUUCAACUAUGGCUCAGUUAUACUGAAAUGGAGCUCAAGUCCCGAAAUUUCCAACAUGCACGCAAUCUAUUCGACCGCGCCAUGACUCUAUUGCCUCGAGUGGACCAGCUCUGGUACAAGUACGUUUACUUGGAGGAGCUUCUGCAAAAUGUCCCCGGUGCCCGACAAGUCUUUAAGCAGUGGAUGCAGUGGGAACUGGACGACAAAGCUUGGCAAGCAUACAUAAAGAUGGAGGAACGGUAUGACGAAUCAGACACGGCCAGUGUUAUAUAUGAGCGAUGGAUAGCUGUCAGGCCAGAUCCGAGGGUAUGGGUGAAGUGGGCAAAGUUUGAAGAAGAGCAGGGGAAGUUGGACAAAGCAAUAGAGGUAUUCCAAACCGCUCUCCAGUUUUUUUGGGGACGAGGAAGAGCAGGUAGAAAAGGCUCAAGCAUUAGAAGAUUCACACCAUCACGUCUUCCGCGAUCAAAAUCAGCGAAUUCAUACGCAGCUUAUACCAAAUUCGAGAAGCAACACGGCACGCGGUCCAUUGUAGAAUCUACGGUUUUGCAGGACGGGCGAAAUUAUGAUGUCUGGUUCGACUACGUUUGGCUGGAAGAAGGUGGCACCAAGGAAGAGCAGGAUGCAACCACUGAGCGCGUGCGAGACAUUUACGAGCGUGCUGUUGCACAUGUACCUCCUGGACAAGAAAAAUGUCAUUGGAGACGGUAUAUCUUCCUUUGGCUUGAGUAUGCUUUACAGUCAAAUUCAACGGCAGCGCGCAAAAUGCUUGGGACCGCCAUUGGCAUGUGCCCGAAGGAGUCUUUAGUCAAGGGUUAUGUUCAACUCGAGAUGAUUCUGCGAGAAUUUGACCGUUACGAUCCUACCAACUCAGCGGCGUGGAUCAAAUACGCUGAACUCGAGACGGCUCUUGAGGACUUCACCCGUGCAGAGGCGCUUGAACUCGGAGUGUCUCAAGCAUCACUAUCGAUGCCCGAAAUCCUUUGGAAGGCAUAUAUCGACUUCGAAAAGACUAGGUCACUUUACGAGCGCCUGGUGGUUCUCAGCGGACACUAUAAGGUGUGGAUAUCCUAUGCCGAGUUCGAGGGAUCAAGUAUUCCCUUGCCGAGAGCUAUGCGAGAAGAUGAGGAAGAUGAGGAUGCCGAACCUCGGGUUGUCGCUGGUGAUCCCGAACUAUCACGACAAGUCUUUGAACGUGGUUACAAAGACUUGAAAGUCAAGGGCCUAAAAGCCGAGAGGGCUGCUUUACUCGAGUCAUGGAAAGCGUUCGAACAAGAACAUGGCAGCGAGAGCGAUUUAGCUAAGGUGGAAGGCAUGAUGCCUAUCAUCGGCAGGAAGCAACACGUCGACAGAGAGACAGAUCAAGUAGUAGAAGAUUGGGAACUUGUAUUCGCCGACGACGAACGAGAAGCCAAUCCAAGAUCUUUCAAGUUCUUGCAGAUGGCUCAUGCCUGGAAAAAAUCACAGGCCAAGAAACCUGGAGGGAGUGGUAUUCUUCCUGGUUUCACUCCUGCGACAUCGAUGGCGGACUCGCCUUUCGUCAGCGCCUUCUCGGACCCUGCUCUUCCUCUCGUCUCUAAUGCGUCCCCCUUCCAGCGAGCUGAUGUGCAUGACGACGAGUACGACGAGCGCAAGUCUUUCCGCAGCGACGACUUUGACAACCGCAGCCGCCUCACAAGGAACCGGGUCUCAUGGCGAAAGAAGCACUGUCUGGUAAGAUCGGAGAUGGCGAGACGACUGAAGUGCUCUAGGAAUCUUCUGCGCGCCGUCGCUGGGUCGCGGUGUGCUGGGCUCUGA